UUUCCCCUAAAAAAAAAAUAAAAAAAAAUAAAUAAAUCAUUUUGGGGAGGGCUGAGCGUUGUUCCUUACCCCUUUAGGAGGUGGCGUGCCGGGGUUUGACGGGGUUUUGUCUCCUCCGGGCCGCAGCCGCUGCUGCUUUUUGGCACCAUGAGGGCCGUGUUUUGGGAUCUGCUGCUGCUCUGCCUCUUCGCCCGGGCGCGGGGGGACUGCCGGGGGGACUGCCUGCGCUGCGACCGCCACCUCUACAGGGACAGCUUCGACGUCCUCGUCUGCAUCCUGGAGUGCGAAGGCGAGGCCGUGCCGCGGGCCACCUGGGAGAUGUGCGCCGCCUCCAUCCGAGCCUCCCCACGGCCGGGGGCUACCGGGGCCGGCGUUUUUGGGGCCGUGGGGCCGGCGGAGGCGGCGAGCCCGCUGCAGGUAAGCGAGCUGCUCCGGCGGCGGGACGCCGAAGACGGAGGCGCGGGGACGGCGCCGGGCGCUUUCCCGUCGCGGGACGAGGACAUUUCCCGGCGGCUCGGCGGUGGCUUCCCAAGGGGGACGAGGGGCUCGUGGCCGGCGGCCCGAGGGGUGCAGAAGCGGUACGGGGGCUUCAUCGGGGUGCGCAAAUCGGCGAGGAAGUGGAACAACCAGAAGAGGUUUAGCGAGUUCCUGAAGCAGUACCUGGGCAUGUCGCCCCGCUCCAGUGAGUACGACACGGCCGGAGACCUCAGCGAGCACAACGAGAUCUAGCCGGCCCCGCGGCACCCAUUUGGAGGUGGAUCUGCCAUGGCCAAAAAAGUCAACCCAAGCCCCAAAUUGCCCCCCCUACCCCACCCCACCCCACCCCAAGCCCCAAAAACCUCCGUUAGGAAUCGCGAGCCGGCCCCGCGUGCGCCCGGUCUUCUCCAGGAAGCGAUGGCUGCUUUAUUUUCAUUUUUGCACCCCCCUCCCAAAAUACCAUAAGUUUUGCCCCAAAAGACCCCACCCAUCCCCAGACCCUUUUAUUUCUUUGCUAUUUUUUUUUUCUCUGUGUUUUUUGUGUUGUUUUUUUUUUCCUAGUGGUCGGGUUUUGCCCAAUAAACGCUGUUUUCGCCCCGCCGAAUGGCGACGCUGGAUCAGGGUGGGGAUGCUCCAGCGCUGCGUUCCCCAUUCCCAAGGGUGCAAAAUUAAAAAUAGAGGGGGAAAAUAAUUAAAAACGGCUUGAAAAGACCAAGCCACGAGGCGAGGCUGCAUGUCCAAGGCUCGGUGACAGCCCCAGGAAAGUCCCUUUGCCAUGGGUCACACCGGGGUGACGGGCGAAAGGGUUUUGUCCCCAUCACCAAAUAGGUACACAGAACAUUUCAGCCCCCAAAAAGCGGGAAAAAAAU